AUGGCACCCAAGGCCUCCGUCCUCGUGGUCCUCGACGUCCAGUACGGAGCGAUCGCCGGCUUCCCCAACGCAGACGACUACAUCCGCCGCCUCGAGACCACGAUCAAGAUCGCGCGCGAAGCCCAUGUCCCCAUCAUCUACGCCAAGCUCGGCUUCAGCCCUGGCUUCUCCGAAGUGCCCGCGGAUAAAGAGUCGAUGGUGUGGCAGAAGGAAUUGUUCACCUUCAAGGUCAAUGACCCGACAGCACAGGUGCACCCGGCGGUUGCCCCAGCCGAGACCGACCAUGUAAUCAACCGGACGCGGCUCUCAGCGUUCGCGCACACCAACCUAGCAAUCACUCUGCGCGGGCUGAGGGUGGAUGAGAUUGUCCCGGCAGGGUUGAAGACCAGCGAGGCCGUCUUGGCGACGGUCAUGCAGGCAGGCGAUUGGGAUUAUCGCGUCACCGUCCUUAAGGAUUUUUGUAUGGAUCGAGAUAAGGAAAUGCAUAACUUAAUGGUGAACAGGGUGCUUCCUCGCCACGCGACUGUUUGCACCCAGGAGGAAUGGGUGGAGGAUCUUCUGGCGAGCAGCAAGGGUCGCGAUGUGUCGAUGUAA